UAAGGAUCGCAAGGGUCAUGGGCUCAUGGCAUCAAUCUCGUAGAGCCAGCCUCGUCAAUUUUCUCUCGCUCUUAUUCUCGUGCUCUGCUCGUCGUCGACUACCUCUGGUCGGAGCUUUUUGCAUGCGGAGUUUGGGGUCUCGCCGAUUUCAUCCCAGCACUCUCCUCUUCUUGCCGGCCUGGCUGCAUACAGUCUCUGCCUUUCUCUUCUUUUGAUCUUUUACGGUGAUCUGACCAAUGCCUUAUGAAGUGAUGUCUCCGUAUUGUUGUAAUCUGCAAAAUAAGCGCAGCGCGCCUUGGAAACUUUCAUUUCCAAAUGGAUUUCUAUCCUCAGUUGCGCGCUUUGUUGAAAAAGCAUCUGCCAGAGGCAUUCAUUCUACCGGAAUGGGAGAAAACACGAUUGUUCCAAGUAUUGUCGUUUAUGUUACUGUACCAAAUAGAGAAGCAGGCAGGAAACUGGCAGAGAGCAUAAUAAAAGAAAAACUUGCAGCAUGUGUCAACAUAGUACCAGGAAUUGAGUCACUUUAUCGGUGGCAGGGUGAGAUUCAUCAGGAUUCUGAGGAACUACUUAUAAUCAAGACCAGAGAACCCCUUUUGGAAGCUCUGACAGAGCAUGUCAGAGCCAAUCAUGAAUAUGAGGUUCCUGAAGUCAUUGCCUUGCCCAUUAAGGGUGGCAGCCUCAAGUACCUGGAGUGGCUAAAGAACAGUACGAGGGACUGAUAUCCCUGGCAGAGAGACGUAACGUAACCUCCCGUAUUUGAAGAUAGCCAUGUGAUUAGUUGCUGAUUCAGUUUUUUGGUGCUUUCUACUCGCUGCUGCAUCUGCAUGUUCUCAUGUUAUGCAGGUUGUUUACAGUCACUAGUUUUUGGACUAGUAUGCAUAUUUGUUUUUAUGUCAUCUCUCUCUCGCCCCCCAUAAUUCUAUGACUGGUAGUUGUGAGCUGUGACUUGUAAUUGACCCCCAUAAUGCUCUUUGCGUCACUGAAUAAUCUAUCUACGUGAAGCAUAUACACGGGUUCACCAGGAUAUCACCAGCCUAGGUAACCAAAUCACUUGUCAUCCCUCCUCGUAAACUUCCUUACCUUUUUUUAGCCCCCGUAUGGUGGUGCUAAUUCUUAUGUAUUUAUUUGAAAAAAGUGCUUAUUCCAAGUCGGGACCAUGCCAAUAUAUAGAGCAAAUUUCUUAAACUA